GAAGAAAAAAAAAACAAGUCAGUGUGAAACGAGACGGCAUAAACACCGCACACGCCUUUUUCCGGAGCCACCCCCAACAUUGCUCUUUUAUUAUCGGAAUACGUGAGAAAUUCCCCGCCCGUUUCUUCCCACCGUAGAGCACAAGAGAUCAAGCAAGAUGUCAUCUAAAGGCCGAGUGUCCAGGGUGGAGAGCGCAACAGAGGAGGAGGAAGUGUGCGUGGUGUGUUUUCGUCCCGUGGAAACCUAUAGCAUAGGAGAAUGCGAUCACCCUGUGUGUUUCGAGUGUUCCACCAGGAUGAGGGUCCUGUGUGGCAGGAACGAGUGCCCCAUCUGCAGGAAGAACAUGGCUAAGGUGGUGUUCACACGGAACGUUGUGUCCUUCAUGAGCAUCAACACGCGUAAUAUGCUAUACGAGCGUCGCUACGCCAUCUAUUUUGAGAGCGAGGCAGUGAUGAAGGCCUAUGACCUACUGAUGGAGCACUCUUGCCCCCUCUGCAAGGACAUCCCUCCCUUCAAGAACUUUGCCAUGCUCAAGGACCACAUGCGUAAGAACCACGAGCUCUUCUACUGUGAGCUCUGCGUCGACCACCUCAAGAUCUUUACAGGGGAACGUAGGUCAUACACAAGGAGCCAGUUGGCCCAGCACAGGCGCAAGGGGGACACAGAUGACACUAGCCAUCGGGGCCAUCCAUUGUGUGAGUUCUGUGAUGCUAGGUUCAUGGACAACGAUGAACUCUUCCGGCACCUUCGGCGUGACCACUUCUUCUGCCACAUAUGUGACGACUCACUUACUCAUUAUUAUGAAGACUACAGUGCCUUGCGAGAACAUUUCCGCGCAGAUCAUUACCUCUGCGAAGAAGGAGGAUGCCAAGAAGAGCAGUUUACAUCAGUAUUUCGCACCAAACUUGAUCUCCAAGCUCAUAUGGCACAGAAUCACUCGUCGAACUUGAGCAAGCAAGCUGCCCGACAGGCCCGUACGCUGGACAUCGAGUUCACGUUGAACCACCGACAGCAAGACAGCAGCCGGCAUGAUGAGAGGGGUAUGAGGGGAGGCAGAGGGGGCCGAGAUGGACGAGGGAGAGGAGGGAGACGAGAUCGAGACAGAGAUCGAGAAUAUGAAGAGCAGCAGUUGCCUGACGAUAUGGACAGCAGACCUCCUGUGACGCAACAUUCCAUUGAUAUCAACUGUGUGCAAGAUUUCCCCUCCCUGAAUGGUACUGGACCAGGAUCAGGAGGGGAAGCUGGAGGGGGAGGGGGAAAUAGGUCCAUGGCGUCGCAUUUAGCCAAACAGAAUCGAUUUACAGUAAGAGCCUCAGGUAGGGGUAGGAGUGUGCUAGACGAAGAAUUUCCUUCUUUAGGGUCGACAAGCGUCACAGUUAGUACGGCUCAGGCCACUGCUCAGUCCCCAACGUCGCCCACUACCUCAGUGCAUCUUAAAGUAAAUACGAAAAAAGCUGUGAGGGAUGGACAAAAUGCAGGCCAGAGGAGCAGUAAUGUUUCAAUACAGUACAAUCGCACGGUCCCUGCUGCAGCAAAUGGGCCCCAGGGUUCAGGUGCAGAAGGUGAGGGUGGCAAUGGUGCAGGGCCUCGUAUUGGUGUUAUUUCACAUAGCAGUAAUAUUACUCUUCGAAGCAAAGCUAAUAACAAGGCCAAAAGUAAAGGGUUGGAGGAAGACUUCCCAGCUCUUUCUGUUUCUACAAAAACGACGAAUGCUGGCAUGGGGUCGAGUGGCUGGGGGUCAACAGCAGCAGCACCAGCACCCAGUAUGCCAGCCAGUGCACCAGUUAAUAUUUCAAAAAAUAUGAAAAAAGAUUUUCCAGCUUUAGGGCCAUCAGCUGGGGCUCCUUCAGUUGCGCCUCCUUCGAAACCUGGAAAGAAAUUAAACCCAAAAGAUUUCCCUUCCUUAGCGCCAAAUCCUGAGAGUCAGACGCACAUGAAAAAUUAUCAUGGUCGUUCUAGUGUUACAAUACCUGUGAGCAAUGCCUGGACACACACAGUUGACCAGGUGCCCAAAGCGUCAGAUGGAAAUGAACCUUCAAGUUCCAAGAGUAAGAAGAAGAAAAAGGGAAGCAACAAGAGUGCAGCUGAUGUGACCAGCAAUAGCAGUGCCAACUCAAACCAAAGUAGCAGUAAUAGCACCUCAAAUAGUGUGUCAAAUGGCCCUGCGAAACCCAGCACCAAGAAGAAGCCUGUUGGUUUGCACAAUAUCUUUGAUGAUGACAGUGAUGAAGAUGCAGUUACAAUGGAUUUGAGUAUGGGGAAAUUGGGUGACUAUCAGUCUAUGGCUCCUGUAACAAGCUCAAACCUUAAUAUGAUCACCAGUGAUAUGGUUAAUGAGAGGAAAAAGUCUGAAUUGAAGAUUGGUACCUUGCGGGCCCCCCCUCCGAAGCUGGAUAAUGAUGAUGCUUUCCCAACCUUGGGGGGAUCAUUUUCACCCUCACCCCUGGCUACCUCUACCUGGUCAUCCCCAGCAAAGAGCACAGCUCCACCAGGCUUCUCGAGCAAGCCCAAGGUUCCCCCAGGUUUUAGUGCAACAGACAUGACCUUUACAAGUAGCUCUGGGGAGAAGUUUGCAAUUUCUCCUACCUCUGAGGCUGCUGUAUCCACAUCAGCAUUCACAGCCCAACCCACUACCACCUACACCUUCCAGCUACCACCAAGGUUUGAGCUCCGCAACAAGAGGCUUAUUAAGACAAUCCAUGAUGAGUGUAAAGGAGAUGAGGACAAGUUUGAUUGCUUCAAGAUGCUGGCCGGUCAGCUGCGUAGUGGAGAUCUCUCAGGGCACAUGUAUUAUGAACAGUGCCGGGAAGUUAUGGGCAAGGCUAUCUUCCACAAGAUACUCCCAGAGCUUUUGGUUCUCUUACCUGACAUAAAAAAACAGCAGGAGGUGUUGGCAGCAUAUCGGAAAGUGGAUGGAGGGCGAGGCUGCUCCACCGUGUUCGCUGUGUGUGUAGUUUGUCAGCAGGUACUCAGCCAGGAUGACUACUCUGAACACAUGGACAACCAUGACCAAAAUGCUUCGGACUUCCCUUCCUUAGGCAAGCCAGCCCCUCACCGGUUUCAGAAGUAAAAUGCUCCAGAUUCAAGUUGCAGUGAUUAGGGUAGGUGGGGACGGGAGUUGCAGGAGAGACUCCCACUUUUCUACGCUUAAUUGGUGAAUCACAGUGCUGUGUUUAUAGGUGGUAAAACUGAAUUUUUUUUGUUUGUCUGAUGUUUGUGACUGAAUUUGCUAUAAAUUUGUAUUCCCCCUCUUGAUGUAUUAUUUUGAAAAGUUAGUGAAUUGAUUUGGGGGGGGAAUUGGAUGGGAUAGCACAGUUUAUUUUCCACUAAGCUCAAGAUUUAGAUUUAUGUGGAUCAGACUUUUUUGGAAUUGUACAUGGUGGAAUCUGGCUCAUAGGAAUGGAAUUGUCAUACUCAUGCAUUUUUACAGAUUUAUAUUUAUAUAUUUUUGUUUUGUUUUAUGAACUUCCACUUUGUCACCUCAUCAUAUCAGGCUUCGUAAAUUUGCUCACUCAUAGUUGAUUGCGUUCAACACUUAAACUUGCUCAAGACUACAAUGAAAGAGUGGAUUGUGUUGUGCCACUGGGACUGGGCAGUGAGAGUGUAUGGAUAUUGCACAGGGAGUUGCAGAUGCAUUUUGUAUUAUUAUUACAGCUAUUUUAUUUUUUUAUUAUUAUUUUUCUUUCUUUUUAGUGAUCAUGAUUUCUUGUUUUUUUGUGAUGAUGAUUUCACAGUGUUCAUAAUCUGAUGAUACGGGAUGCAAUCAUAGUCCUUAUAAUUUUCUGCUAAAGUUGUAUAUUUGAGUUUUACUGUAUGCAUAUUUAACAUUUUAGUGGGAUAUUAUUGAGAAAUAGAUCACUGAAUAAGACUAAAAGUUUUGUCUGUGUAAUACAGUUUACAAUUUACAUCUGAUAAAAUUUGUUUGUGCUUUUCUCCUAACUCUCAUCUUUUUAUAUGUACUAUGAUUGUUUUUGUUCCUUUUUAGUUCAUAAAUUGUAAAAUUAUUGCAUUUUUUUUAUUUUGAUAAAUCUAAUUUAUUUGUUGCUAUUAUUAGUAGUAUGAGCAAAGAGAAAGGAAAGUAAAAUAAGAAUACAAAGGAUAGAUUUUGAAAGAACUGAAGUUUUUCCAUUUCCAGCAAAGGUGAUGAAUUGUAGCUAAAAGUACCAUAAUUUCUUUAGUAAUGUCACUUCAAGCCAGUUCUCUGUGCCAUGUGUAAUUCUCAUCAGCUUGUAUCUUUGCUUUUUAUAUAUCACUUGAUUUUAAGGAUGAAACAAAAUGAGAAAUUUAUUUAAUUUUACAUCACAGCUUGUGCUGAAAGUUACUACAAAACUACAAGAUAAUAUCUUGUUGCCUUUAGAUGUUGAUGCAAAUGUUUCAGUCACUUGCAUCUGUUUAAAUCUUGUACUUUUUUCUGUUUUAUAUAUAAAUAUAUAUAUACUGACUGUGUUAAUGUUGGUGGAGGGACAGCAUUUGUCUGAAGGAGAUAUGGCCCAGGUGGCCAGUGAUGUGUUUGUAGCCUCAUAUUUUUUACGUUUGGUUCAGCUGAUUGUUGUCUCCCUACCUCCCCUUUAUUACACCCCAUCUUGCCUCCCUUGGCUAACAACUGCAUAGCCUGAAUUGAGUUUGUUUACACCCCAUACAGUCACUCAGUUAGUAAUGCUGUAUUUCCCUGCUAAUGGUUUUAUGUUGACUUGAACCUCUGCUUUAUCCAACCAGAGGCAAUCAGUCGGAUGUGUACUUGAUAUCUGUUGCUGUAUACACUCAAGGACUACACUGGUCAUUUAGUGGGAAGGCGUUGAUAAGGCGAUAAUGUCUGUAUAAUUUUCAUUUAGGACUUUGAUUUAUGAUGAAAAAUAUAGCCUGUUUUGAAAUUGCAAAUGGAACAAUGAAAAAAUCUGAUAGUGUCUAGGUUGUGAUCAUUGCAAGGAUUAUUUUAUUUAUAUACUUAUUUUCUUUUACUACAAAUGAAAUGCUGUUUUAUUGAAAUAUUCUAGAUACAUCAGAAAGCAAAUAUGAGUGUUUUUCCACAUUCAAUAAUAAUGCUAAAGUUGGUGUCAUUAUAAUUGUGAUGCAAACCUACAAUCCAUUUCAGACAGUGAAAAUAUUCUUGCUUUACACUCACUGAUAUCAGAUGUCCUUUGAACAAAAGACAAAGUUUAAUAUAUGUUCCUGUAUAUUGCUGUGAAAUACUAAUAUGAAUUAUGGAACAUGAUGAAAAUGAGUGUGAGUCGUAAUACUGUGAAAUUUAUUCUACUCCUGGUGACCAUGUUGCUUGUGAUAAGUAAAUAGUUCUAAUAUGCAAAAGAUGUUUGCCACAAGCGUAAAUUCUCAACCACAGAAUACACUCCAAUCGAAUACCUUGCUUUGUGUGGAGUGACAAUUUUGGUUCAAAAUGCUUAAUUCCCCCCUCCUCCCCUCAGAACAGCGGGUCAGCAACCUUUGGUGAACACUGAAAAGAUACUAGGCCUUGGGUUCGUUAAGAGUUCAUAGGUGACAUUGGUUUGAAGAGGACUUUCUCAUAAAUCAUGGUUUGAAGAUCUCUUUUAUAACUCUGGUUCUAAGAGCUAGUUGUCACAAAAAAAUUGCCUUAUGAUCUAAGGUUUCUUUUCAUAGAUCUUGGUUGAAGAUGUCUUUGUUCUACUCUUAUGCUUUUCAGAGACUUGGGACUACAAGAUUAGAUUAUUUUGAAAUUUGCAUCAAAGUCUCUUUCUUGUAAAGAUUUUGUUUCUCAGAUCACAGUUUUUUGUUUAAAAUCUAGUUCUCUCAAAGACCUUGAUUCUAAAGUAUAAUUAUCACGAAGACUUUUCAUUCGUAAGACCCCCCAUUUUUACAAAGGCCCCGUUUUUUUUUAAAAUCUGAUUCUCACAAAGAGAUUCUUAAGAUCUUGGGUUCUGUAUCGCACUCCCUACGUCAUCUGGGCGUUCGUUGUUUUGUUCCAUGAUCUCCAGUGCUCCCAGUGUGCUUGAGUGCAGACUUGUUGAAAUUUAGAAUUUCAGCCUUUUUUUCUCAACUGUAUUCUGUUAUAAGCCUGUGAUUAGGAAGUGCCUACAUUGUUAUAUAAAAGUACUAUACGAGAUGUAUUAUAUUGAACUUUUGUAUAGUUGGUGUAAAUAAUCUAAUAAAGAAAAUAUUGUAUA